AGAGACAUGGAAGAAGCAGAGGUCUUGGAAUUGUACGAGCUCCAGUAUUCGGAUCUCAUGCUUCUGUCUUCAACAAUUACUCCAUCGUCAUUGUCAUUAGCAGAAGAAGAAAGGGAAAGCCUGAAAUUAAUAUGCAGAGACGUAAUGGAAGCCCUAGGGCCCACGGGCCCGGGCCUGCUAUCGAUCAGUGGGGUCCCCGACGCCUCCACUCUCCGCCGAGACCUCCUCCCUCUCGCUCACCGGCUUGCCCUUCUCAAUCCCGACGACCGUAAACGCAUUCUCAAGGAGCAUAACUUGGGGAGUGAUGUUCCUUUGAAGAAUCCAGAUAGAAGUGUCUCCUCUUUUGCAAUGCAACUCAGAUAUGCACAAGGUCCAGAAUCCAUUCAAAAUAAACCAAGUCAUAGAGGUGAUACCUUACUGAAUUCAGAACAAGAUCAUCUAGAAGAUGGUAUGAUGAGAGAAAUUCUGGAUAGUGAAUUUAAAAAUCUUGGAAACGCUUUUAGAAAGAUUGGAUUUUGCAUGAUGGAUCUAGGGCUCCGCAUUGCACGAAUAUGUGAUAGGGCCAUUGGUGGACAAGAGCUUGAGCAGAGCUUAUUGGAGUCCUCUGCAGCAAAAGGGCGUCUUAUUCACUAUCACUCAGCUCUAGACAACAUUGUUCUAAAAGAAGCUGGGAGGAGCAAGGCAACAGUGAAAAGACAGGCAAAUGUUAGAAGGGACGAAAACAUUUCCAUAAGUAAUAAGCAAGGCCUAUCAGAAGGCCCGAACUUGGAUUCAAAUGGUAAAGAAGUUGGAUCAUAUGGACUUCAUUCCAAUCUGUGGCAGCAAUGGCAUUACGACUAUGGUAUAUUCACUGUUCUGACAGCUCCCUUAUUUCUUUCCCCAUCUUUUCCACAAGCAACAGAACCAAAAGAUCUGUUUUCAGUGUUCGGUGAUGAGGAAUGUCCAUCCCUUAGUGACCACACAUAUUUGCAAAUUUUCAGUCCCUACAAGAAUAAUGUCUGUAUGGUGAAGGCCUCUCCUGAAAGUUUUAUCAUUCAGGUGGGUGAAUCGGCUGAUAUCUUAUCAAAAGGGAAGCUUCGCUCAACCCUUCACUCUGUCUCUAGACCUGCUAAGUUAGGAAAUUUGAGCAGAGAAACCUUUGUUGUGUUCUUGCAGCCUGCAUGGAAUAAAACUUUCUCUAUCGCAGAUUAUCCUAUGAAACGCUCAAUGUCAUGUGAUCAAGACUUGCAGGUAUCUAAUGGGGAAACAAAUCUUGCUGCGCAGGACCAAAAUAAACUAACCCAAGAAAUUCAAAAAAUACUUCCACCACUAUCGUCACGGUUAAAGGAUGGGAUGACAUUUGCAGAAUUCUCAUGUGAAACCACCAAGCAAUACUACGGUGGUAGUGGUUUGCAAUCUAACAGAUAAGUAGUUCCUUGGAUUUUUGUCAAGCCCUCUUUCAAUAUCUUUUCUACCAUUGUAGUGCUGAUUUUGUUUUUUUUCCCCAUUCUAACAUGGAUUCUGAUUCUAUGCUAUCUACAUCUGACUUUUUUUACUCAAGUAUGCUUUAGUUUGUAGCUCUCUAGUUGCCUCAUUUUUACUUGGAGAGAACCAUUUUUAUUUAUGUUACCAAUGAUUUUGAUAAAGAGGGAGUAAAAA